AUGGUCCUUCAAUCCCUGAAAGAAAGCUUUAGCCCUCUUAUGCAAUAUGCUUUCCCUAGUCCUCAACAAGGGGAUGAACAAAAGGUUGUUAUGUAUGGGCAGCUAGUUGAUUCUGACACGCGUCAACAAGGUCAUCCAAAAUUCAGCAACUCAAGCGUAGUGGGCUUGGAGAAUUCCUUGAAUGGUAUAACAUCCUCAGACAGUUAUAUUCCCUUCACCAGUGGUGACCAUGCAAUGGACUUGACUAUUGUUUCAAGAGCAGGCGUGGUAGAGCCAGCUGAUGCAGCAGCCCAGCCUGUUCCGAAUUUCCAAUCUGAGCUCGAAAACUUUCUCAACAGCAAAACAUCUGGUUUUACUUCACAGGAGGAUAAGAUUGGUGAAUUUGGUUGUUUCAAAGAAAUGAAUCGUUACGGGGAAGGCAUGAAUUGGUGGUCUAAUGACUUUGAGAUAAAGGCCUCCUCAAAUUCUUGGGAUUCCGCUUCUGUUCUAAAGUCUGAAGGGAUGUUUCAUGAUUAUGAAUUAGGCUACAAUAUGUAA